AAUAAUAAUUAUCCCAAAAAACGGAAACAAAAUGCUGCAUACUCGCACAUUGGGGGGAGUCGGCAGACACUGAUAUUACCUUGAAAACCCUCAAAUUAAAUUUAGUUUCUGAUUCCCAGUCUUUACCCGGCGAUUUCGUCCCCUGGGCUUCCUUUCCAUGAAACCAAAGCGAAUUAAAGCCAAAAACCUAAUCUCCCAACCUACACUUUCCGUCACUUUCCAGAGAAAAUUUCCCCCUAAAACCGACCCUAUCUAACACCUUUGUCGCAUCGGACGAGUUCGAUAACUCGUUCUCUUUUCCUUCGUCUUCUGAACCAGGGGUUAGGGUUCGUGCGAGAUCGCGAUUCGGAAGGGAGGGGUUUUAGGUUUAUAUCUGGUGGUGGUUGUUUGGUAAAGGUUCGAUUAGGGUUUUAUUUGUUUUUCCAAAAAAAAAAAUAAAAAAAAAUUGUUGAGUGCAAAGCAUUGGAGAUGGGAAGCGUCGAUCGUUCAGAUGAUCGGGCUUUUAGGGUUAAUUUCACGGACGAUGGAGCAGCCAAGUUGAGGGAUAAGGUGAUGCACAAGCUUAAAGAGUUCAUGGGGGAUUACACUGAUGAAACUCUUGUGGAAUAUGUGAUUGUAUUACUAAGGAAUGGCAGACGCAAAGUAGAAGCAAGGAAUGAGUUAAAUGUGUUUUUGGGGGAUGACACUGAUUCUUUUGUAUCUUGGUUGUGGGAUCACUUGGAUUCAAACUUAGAUUCAUAUGUACAUCCUGAGGAAUCUUAUGUGAAUGAGGUGCUUAAAACAAAGCCUGCAGCAGAUGAUUCUCAUCGUGUGGAUUCUGAGUCUGAAAGAGUAAAGACGAGUAAGGAAUCAAAUAGCCGCCAUAGAAGGGAAUGGAAAGGGCUAGUGAGAGAUGCAGAUGAGCCCCCUCCUCUUAGGAGUUCUGUGGUUGAAAAGAUUCAUUUGGAGGAAAAACCUCAUCAAAGACGAAGAGUAAGAACCGAUCAUGGAAAGAGAUCUCCUUCCCCUCGAUCAGUGGGCCUGAGGAAAAGGAGUCGGCCUGAUGACCAAGAGAAUAUCAAGAGGGAGGCAUCUCAAGUGAACAUUGUUGCCCCUCGACGGCUUCUUCAAUUUGCAGUGCGCGAUGCAGUGGCAACAUCAAGGCCGUCUAAUUCAGUGACAGAGCCCACAUUGAAGCGUCUUCGUUCUGUUGUUUCCACCACCAGUGUUGACUCACCAGUAGCUGAGCGUCCUGUACGACUUCAGUCUGUUGCUAGAGUGCCAAAUCCAAUGGCAACUGUAAUCAGAGCUGUGGCAGAAGCUGCUGAAGAUGUAACAAGGGUUAAAUCCUCGGGGAGUGUGUUUGACAGGUUAGGCCGUGGGAUGGAUGUGUCAGAGAACAGUGGCCAAAUUGCAUCAUAUGGAGAUGCCACUUUUGUGGAUGAUGAAUUUACAGAUAUUAACCAAAUUCACAAGCAAAGACGAUCCAUAUAUCUCCAAAGAAGUGACCAUACUGGGAAGUAUGGAGACGAUAUGACUAUGUUGGAAAAUGAAGUUGGUUUGGUUUCUGAUUCUACAUAUGAGAAUGAUGGAUAUGAUGAUGCCAAUCUUAUAGACCAUAGAGUUACUGAUGUUUCUCAAACUGGGACAUCGGGUGGAAAGAAGGGUGAAAAUUCUAUAAUGCAGUACAGUGUAGCUAAGAAUGCUGAUGAUAUUAUGCGGGUAACACGAAAUAAAGAUCAGGGUCAGCCUGCAAAUGCUUCACAAAAGAUUGUGAACAUUUCUAUGAAUGUGAAUACUCGAAAGCCACCCCCAUAUCAGGAUCCAAGGGAUGUUGCAGAAGUGGAUGGCUGGAAAUCCAUACAGAAGGCUGAGGAAGGAGCUUCCAAGCCUGGUGCACUAGCCAUGAAGGAGAACAACAACCCUGUAACUGUUAAUGGAAAUGCAAAACCUGCUGCAGCUUUUCAGAAAGAGUCUCAAAAGGCACUGUCAUCUUCUACUGGUUCUUAUGCUUCUGGUCGUCCUUUAGAGGAUGCUGAUUCUCGAACUCUCUUUGUUAGCAAUGUCCAUUUUGCUGCUACAAAAGAUAGUCUUUCUCGACAUUUUAAUAAGUUUGGGGAAGUUCUAAAGGUGGUUAUAAUUACUGAUGCAGCUACAGGGCAACCAACAGGGUCAGCUUAUGUAGAAUUCAUGCGGAAGGAGGCUGCAGAUAAUGCACUAUCUCUUGAUGGAACCUCAUUUAUGUCGCGGAUUCUCAAGGUAGCGAGAAGAAGCGCUGCACAUCAGGAAGCCACUUCUAUCAUGACAUGGCCACGAAUUGCUCGAGGCUCUCCAUUUUCCACAGCAAGGUUUUCUAGAAGCCCUUUUCCAAGAGGUAUCCCUGCUGCAUUUAGGCCUCGUCCCCUUAUCAGACCUGGUGCUAGGAGCAUGCAAUGGAAGAGGGAUGCCCAGGCCCCUCCAGGUGAAAGUGGUGCUCUGUUAUCUGGCAAUACUGUUCUUUCAUCUGCUGCACGCGGUCUCACCUAUGUCCGUACAGAACCUAAACCAGAAGCCAAUUCAGGUACUUCUUAGUUGAAGAAUCUGAUAUUUCCAAGGAGCCUGGUUGAUUAAUCCUUCCAAAUUGAAUGCUCAAUGGUGGUUCAAAUCCAAGAAAUUUUCUAUAGCGGAAUAUUGUUUGGCACAUGCUGAAGAACUCUGUCCAAGUUCUAGAAAGGUCCUUAGGAGUGACGGCGGAAGGUUUCAAUUCUUUUUGUCAGUUUGUCUGGGUUUUCUGUGUUGAUCUUUUUCUGUUUUAUUUUUUGGCUGGGGGGCGGUGAAAGGCGGUGGAGUUUUGGUAAAUCUGAGAGAAAAGAGUAGGGAAAUUAUUUUGGAUCGAAUUCAUAGCUGCUAGGAAUUUAUUUUCCAAUUUUAUAUGCUCUCUAGAUAAAAAUUGUGAAUAGUGGAUGGAUAGAUGGUUUAUUUACUGAGGGACAACAAUAACAUCAUUGGUGUUUUUGUAAUUUUAAAUUUUCCAGUAAGGGAAAAAAAAAAAAAAAAAAAAAAGAGAACGUAAAAAGAAAAGAUGAAAAAAAAAAGAAAAAAAAGAGCAGAAAAUGAGAAAAGUUGACGUUUCAUCAAAUUUUGAGUCCUCUUCUAGUUA